AUGGUUGAUGAAGAGGAUGUAAAUGUAAAAACAAGAAAGCCAAGACAAGUAUCCAUUACAAGAUCAAAUUGCAAGGCAUGCAUAAGAGCAAAAGUGAAUAAAGAAGGACAGUUUGAGGUGGUGGCUCAUGUUAUUCAGCAUAACCACGAGCUAACAAAGCCACAGUGGCAUUAUUUACAUCGUUCUGAAAGAAAAAUGACAGAGGAAAAAGUUGUAACAAUCAAAACAAUGAAAUCUUCAGGUCUAACUACAAUGGACACUUACAAUUACAUGGCUACAGAGGCUGGAGGAGAACAGAAUAUAGGCCAUAGUGUUGUAGAUCACCUGAAUUUCUGCUCAAGGUUAAGAAUGGAACAAAUUGAGGCUGGAGAUGCUCAAACUUUAGUGAACAUUUUAAGUCAGGAACAAUCAGAGGAUCCAAACUUCUUUUUUAGAGUGAAGUUUGACAAAGAAGGAAGAAUUUGCAAUAUCUUUUGGAGAGAUUCAAUGAUGCUAGAAGACUAUAGGAUAUAUGGAGAUGUUCUUGUCUUUGAUACAACAUACAGAACCAACAGAUAUAAUCUUAUAUGUGCUCCAUUUGUUGGCAUAAAUAACCACUGGCAUAAUUGUAUGUUUGCUUGUGCUUUUAUUGGGGAUGAAACGACAGAUUCAUUUGUGUGGUUACUACAAACCUUCUUCAAAGCUAUGGAGGAUAGAAAACCAACUUCAAUAUUCACUGACCAGGACCAAGCAAUGGCAAAUGCUAUACUGGAGGUAAAAGAUUUAUAUUGA